GGGCACCAUGGGCAGCAUCUGUGUGAGGCUGCGGGCAUACAUGCAGCGCCUUCUCCCCUGCUGGUCCCACGAGGCAGACAAGUCAGUGGUGAUUGAGAAUCCAGGGGCCUGCUGUCCCCCAGAGGCUCCCAGGUCACAGGAGCCCCAGAGGAGCCAUGGCCACUACUUUGUGGCUCUGUUUGACUACCAAGCCCGUACCGCAGAGGACCUGAGCUUCCGCGCUGGCGACAAACUCCAAGUUUUGGACACUUCGCAUGAAGGCUGGUGGUUGGCCAGACAUUUGGAGAAGAAGGGAACCGGCUUGGGACAGCAGCUGCAGGGCUACAUUCCUUCCAACUACGUGGCAGAGGACCGGAGUCUCCAGGCAGAGCCGUGGUUCUUUGGAGCAAUCAAAAGAGCAGAUGCAGAAAGGCAACUACUGUAUUCAGAAAACCGGACGGGUGCCUUUCUGAUCAGAGAGAGUGAAAGCCAGAAGGGGGACUUUUCCCUCUCAGUUUUAGAUGAAAAUGUUGUAAAACACUACAGAAUCAGAAGGCUGGACGAAGGCGGCUUUUUCCUUACCAGAAGGAAAAUCUUUUCAACCUUGAAUGAAUUUGUGAGCUACUACACCACAAUAAGCGAUGGCCUGUGUGUCAAGCUGGAAAAACCAUGCUUAAAGAUACAGGUCCCAACUCCUUUUGAUUUGUCGUAUAAAACUGUGGACCAUUGGGAGAUAGACCGCAACUCCAUACAGCUUCUGAAGCGACUGGGAUCUGGCCAGUUUGGAGAAGUUUGGGAAGGCCUGUGGAAUAAUACUACUCCAGUGGCUGUAAAAACAUUAAAACCAGGUUCAAUGGACCCAAAUGACUUCCUGAGGGAGGCACAGAUAAUGAAGAGCCUGAGACACCCAAAGCUUAUCCAGCUCUAUGCUGUUUGCACUUUAGAAGAUCCAAUUUAUAUUAUUACAGAGUUGAUGAGAAAUGGAAGUCUACAGGAAUAUCUCCAAAAUGAUGGUGGGUCAAAAAUCCAUCUGGUUCAACAGGUAGACAUGGCGGCACAGGUGGCCUCUGGAAUGGCCUAUCUGGAAUCCCAAAACUACAUCCACAGGGAUCUGGCUGCAAGAAAUGUUCUUGUUGGUGAACAUAAUAUCUACAAAGUAGCAGAUUUUGGACUUGCAAGAGUUUUUAAGGUGGAUAAUGAAGACAUCUAUGAAUCUAAACACGAAAUAAAGUUGCCAGUGAAGUGGACUGCACCUGAAGCCAUUCGUACUAAUAAAUUCAGCAUUAAGUCUGAUGUGUGGUCUUUUGGAAUCCUUCUCUAUGAAAUCAUUACUUAUGGCAAAACGCCUUACAGUGGUAUGACAGGUGCUCAAGUAAUUCAGAAGUUGAGUCAAAACUACAGACUGCCGCGACCACUUAACUGUCCACCGAACUUCUACAGCAUCAUGCAGCAGUGCUGGGAUGCAGAUCCUAAGCAGCGGCCAAAAUUUGAGACCCUGUACAGGCAACUUGAAGACUACAUUGAAACUAAUUCUUCAUAUUCAGAUACAAAUAUAAUUUCAUAACUAUGAUUUAUAACUUCAUAGAAUGAACACCGAAGAAAAAGAAUAAAUAUAAUGAAGAUGUGAAAAAAAUUAGAAUCAUCUCUCCAGAAAUACAAUCUUAUAAACCAACUGUGAAAUCAGUUCAUUUUGACCUAUUCAGGUGAUAGGAUGAGCUCAGCCAUGUAUUAUACAUUAAAAAAGAUUAUCUCUGUAUUUUAUUGACUAGGGCACACUGCAGGACAGUCUAAGAUGAUAUGUCAUUUUCUCACUGCCUGGUACAAUUAAACACAUGAAAUGAAGUUAUUUUUCCUUUAAAGAACUACUCACAUUUCUAUUUAUUGUUGGAAAUGCCGAUCAAGAGAAUCAACAGAUGAUAGUUUUUACUCAGUAACGGUUGUAGCAUUUUCCUGUUUACUGAUUAGACGAGUUAUUCAUUAUUCCUCAAAUUGCUGAAUCCCAUCAGGCUGUUAUUAUGAAGGAAUUUGAUUGCUCUGCUGCACAGCAGGACCUGUGCUUUGAGAUUUUUUUCCUCCUUUCUUUUAAAAUAUCCUGUAACUACAAUGAUGGCAAAGCCAUGUUAAAUGACUUGAUUGUACUUGAAGUAAUUGCACAUAUUUUUCUUACGCAUAAGAAAAUGAAGCAGCUGUUGAGAAAAAGAAUUAAAAUCUUUUUCAUUUUGUAGAAGGAAAUGAUGGCGUUUUUCUAUACCUCAGUAUAUGUCAUCAGAGAAUCGUCUGCAUUAGCUUUAAUUGUUUAGUGUCAGGAAUCAGGUUGCAAAGCUGAUGAAUGCUUAUGUUUGGGAAUAUAAGGGAGCCACCAUGUUGACCACCUGGUCUGAGAAAUAGAUAUUUAUGUGGCUUAGGAAAGCCAUAGGAGAGCUGGAAAACUGCUGCCACGUUUUCAGUAAGAAUAAAAGUUCGUUUGGUGCACAGGCUAGUUUUAAAUUGGCU